AUGGAAUUGGACGAAUGUUUGGAAAGGCUAUACAAGGCCCAACUGCUGCCUGAAGUGACUGUGAGAGCGCUCUGCUUCAAGUUGAAGGAGAUGCUGGUGAAGGAGUCGAACGUUAUUCACAUCCAGACGCCCGUCACAGUCGUUGGGGACAUGCAUGGGCAGUUCCACGACAUGCUGGAGAUUUUCCAGAUAGGUGGGCCUGUUCCUGACACGAACUACUUGUUCCUGGGUGAUUACGUGGAUAGAGGGCUAUAUAGUGUGGAGACAAUCAUGCUGUUGAUUGUGCUGAAGCUUCGGUAUCCCAGUAGAAUCCAUCUGCUCAGAGGGAAUCACGAGUCUCGCCAAAUCACCCAGAGUUACGGGUUUUACACAGAAUGCUUGAAUAAAUACGGUGGUAAUUCGAGAGUUUGGCAGUAUUUGACGGACAUUUUUGACUACCUGGUACUAUGCUGCAUUAUCGAUGACGAGAUUUUCUGUGUUCACGGUGGAUUAUCGCCCAACGUUCAAACUAUAGAUCAAAUCAAAAUUAUCGACAGAUUUCGAGAAAUUCCGCACGACGGUGCCAUGGCAGACCUGGUUUGGUCUGAUCCGGAAGAAAGCAAUAACCCCACGUUGGACCAUCCAGAUAAUUCUGGGCAGCAUUUCCAAGUAUCGCCUCGUGGAGCAGGCUACACGUUUGGUAGAAGCGUGGUGGAGAAGUUCUUGCAGAUGAAUGACAUGAACAGAAUCUACAGGGCACACCAAUUGUGUAACGAAGGUUACCAGAUAUACUUUGAUGGGUUGGUCACCACCGUGUGGUCAGCACCGAAUUACUGUUAUCGAUGCGGAAAUAAGGCCUCGAUUCUGGAGCUAUAUAGUAAGGACCAGUUCUACUUCAAUGUUUUCGAAGAAGCUCCGGAAAAUAAAGUGUUGAAGGAAAACAGUCUUAACAACAACUACUUGGAAGAGAAUACUACGAAUCCGGUGGUGAACAGGAAACUGAUUGCCGAUUAUUUCGAGGACGACUCUGCCUCCACCGACGGUUCUGCAGAUCCUGAAAUGUACAUGUUUUCAGACGUAUACCAAGCCAGAUCCGCUUCUAAUAGACAUGUUGAUUACUUCUUAUAG